GAGGCCCCAGCAGGUGCGCCCAGCAGCAGCCCGCAAGUCGCAGGGACCCCUCGCCUCACCUCCGCCGGGUGCGCUCUCCUCGGUUCGCGAACCCCGCGCCGCGCGCCGCCGCUGACAUGUGUGCCGCCCCGAUGCCGUCCCUGGCGCACAUCUUCCGAGGGACAUUCAUCCACUCCACCUGGACUUGCCCCAUGGAGGUGCUGCGGGAUCACCUCCUCGGCGUGAGCGACAGCGGCAAAAUAGUGUUUUUAGAAGAAGCAUCCCAACAAGAAAAGCUGGCCAAAGAAUGGUGCUUCAAGCCGUGUGAAAUAAGAGAACUAAGCAACCAUGAGUUCUUCAUGCCUGGGCUGGUUGAUACACACAUCCACGCCCCUCAGUAUUCUUUUGCUGGGAGUAAUGUGGACCUGCCGCUUUUGGACUGGCUGACCAUGUACACAUUUCCUACAGAACUCAAAUUCCAGAACAUCGACUUCGCUGAAGAAGUAUAUACCAGAGUUGUCAGGAGAACACUAAAGAAUGGAACAACAACAGCUUGUUACUUUGGAACAAUUCACACUGACUCAUCUCUGCUCCUUGCAGAAAUUACAGAUAAAUUUGGGCAGCGUGCAUUUGUGGGCAAAGUCUGCAUGGAUAUGAAUACCACUGUUCCAGAAUACAAGGAAACCACUGAGGAAUCAGUCAAGGAAACAGAGAGAUUUGUGUCAAGAAUGCUCCAAAAGAACUAUUCUAGAGUUAAGCCCAUAGUGACACCACGGUUUUCCCUUUCCUGCUCUGACACUUUGUUGGGUAAACUGGGAAACAUGGCGAAGACCCAUAAUUUGCAUAUUCAGAGCCAUAUAAGUGAAACUGUCAAUGAAGUUGAAGCUGUGAAGAACCUAUUUCCCGAUUAUAAAAACUACACAGAUGUGUAUGAUAGAAACAAUCUUCUGACAAAUAAGACAGUGAUGGCGCAUGGGUGCUACCUUUCCACAGAAGAGCUGCAGGUGUUCAAGGAGCGAGGAGCAGCGAUCUCGCAUUGCCCCAAUUCUAACUUAUCGCUCAGCAGCGGCUUUCUCAAUGUGCUAGAAGUCCUGAAACAUGAAGUGAAAAUAGGGCUGGGUACAGAUGUGGCUGGUGGUUAUUCAGCUUCCAUGCUUGAUGCAAUCAGAAGAGCGGUGAUGGUUUCCAAUAUCCUUUUAAUUAAUAAGAUCAACGAGAAAAGCCUCACUCUCAAAGAGGUCUUCAGACUAGCUACUCUUGGAGGCAGCCAAGCCCUGGGGCUGGAUAAAGAGAUUGGAAACUUUGAAGUGGGCAAGGAAUUCGAUGCCCUCCUGAUCAACCCCAAAGCAUCUGACUCUCCCAUUGACUUGUUUUCUGGGGAUUUGGUUGGUGAUACGUCUGAAGCUGUCAUCCAGAAGUUCCUCUACCUAGGAGAUGACCGAAAUAUUGAGGAGGUUUAUGUGGGUGGAAAGCAGGUGGUCCCCUUUUCAAGCUCAGUGUAAGACCUUCGGCCUCUACGAGUUCUCCUGGGAUCACGUGGUUCUGCGUCUCCCUUGUGCCCAGGCCAAGUUAGAAAGUCCAAAAAUAGUAUGUUGUUCUUGGGAUGACUAUCUCUUUCUGUGUCUAGUUACAGUAUUCACUUGACAAAUCGUUUGAAGGAAGUCACGCUAAUUCCCAACUCUCUGGUUGGGAGGAUUCAAAAUUUCUCCCUUUUGAGCUGUUUGGAUUUACUUUAAGCUCAAACAUAAGGGAAUGUUAUUCCUGGUGGUGUUCUUAUUAUGAGAUUUAAGUCAAAUCGAUUUCAUACUUGGAAAUGUGGAGAGAAAAGAUAUUCCUGUACAGCUAGAUAUUUUGAGCUAAUAAAUGUGAAAUUCAGAAAAUGGAAGAUGAACCAGUGAAUAUAUUUUUAUGAGGGAGAAAAAGUUAGACUAUGAACACACAUUGGAAAAUCACUUCAGAUUAUCUUUGAAAAUUAUGUACUGAGCAUAUUAAUUUCAGAAGAGAACUUGUUGAAUUUCAAAAUGUGUUUCUAGAUUGACCUUGUGUUCUGGAAAUUUGCACUUAAUGGAAUUUGCAUUUCAGAGACAUGUUGUUGUUGUGCUUUGCUUUCUUUGGGGAUGAAAUGUCAGAAAUUGAAUGCUACAUGCUUUCUUAAUAUAGUUCUGUGCUUCAAAGUGUUUGACAGAGGUUGGGUGUUAAAGAUUUAAAGUCUCUUAGGAAUAUUAUUCACAUAACUACAUGGCACAAAUCGUGGUAUUUUUGUGUAUUUCAGAAUCACCUUAAUGUAUAACUGUGUGAUUUAUUAUUGCUUCAGUGUUAUUAGAAAGGAAACAAAUUCCAUACUCCACCGUUGUGUAGACUGGAGUCUUCAUAAACUGGGGCACGUGCUGGGCAGCCAGGAGCUAUCAAUACUAAAAGGAAGGGUUUCACGGCAAUGUUGUAGUCUCCCCAAGAGGUAUGCUGUGGUUGCUGAAAAUUUCAUCCUCAGAUCUCAAUCUGGUAGAACUUUAAAAUGAAAGACAAACUCAGUUAAAAACAUUAUUAAAAAUCUUUAAACCCUGCUUACUGAAAGCACUCCACUUUUCAAUUUUAUCCUAUUGUCUAUUUAAUUCCUAAUAAUUUUCAGGACAUUAGAAUUUUAGGAUAGUGAAAACUAUGUACAUGUCCCACUUAAUGUUUAUAUUAAUAGGACUUAAUCUGCACUAGACAUCUAGGAACAUUACACAAAGCAAAGAGUAUUUUUAUGCUUCCUAGUACAGUGUGCUUUCCCAUAACCUACAAUUAAAAGCAAAUUGAUUUUUUGAUAAACUCUGAAGAAGUAUUAAUGUGAAUGUCGUUUAAAUACUACAGUUUUCUCAUUUAAUUUCAAAUACUAUAAACCAACGUGGAAAAGGAAUAGAUUUUCUUAAUAUAUCAUAAUACUCACACCUAGGGCUUAAGUGUGACUCCUUAUAAUUUACCUUAGAGUAGAGAACUUUCUGUAAUAUAAUACAGCUAACUCCGUACUUACAGAGCUAAGAACAAAAUUCCCCCUUUUGUACUAUAAAUUUAUCCUCAAUUAGUUAUGCUAAGUCAGCAGUCACUUGCCCACAUUUUGUUUUCUGUUUUUCCUGGUGGAAACACUUUUAGAUUUGAUUGUGUGCACACAACACCUAAUGAUAGAACACAAUUUUGGUCUUAUUUUCAUUUUUUUAAGAAUUUUUCUUAUUUGAAUAUAGUUGACACAUAAUUUGAUCUUAUUUAAAACACACAGUUUGUGUUGUGGGAUAUUAAGUAACUCAGUAAAUUCAGCUUCCAGGGGCCAAAGGAACAUGGUUACCUGGCAUCUAACCCAUAGGAGUGGGCUUAAGAAUUUGGAUAAGAUGUGAGAUCAUCC